AAAAAAGCAAACCAAUAAUUACAUUGGCAAAAUAUCUCCACUCAUUAUCAGAUGCUCUUUCGGUGGUGACUGGACUGAUCGGUCCUCCACCUUUACCUUUUCUUCUUUUCUUGGUACGUAGUUUCGCUUCACCUUACACGAAAGCCUGACCAGUGCACCUACUGAGAGCCUCGUCCUCUUCUGCCCCUUCUUCAUUUCACCAGCAGUCAAACAACAACCGUUCCUGCUUUUUCCACCCGUUCAUACACAUACAAUAUGUUCCUGCUUUUCCACUUCACCUUUUCUUCUUCUCCUUUUCUUGGUAGUUUCGUUUCAUGUUACACGCCCUUGACUUCACAUUGACGUUGAUCGAAGCUAGCAGGAAACUGUGAUCAGUGUACCUAUUUUUGAGAGUCUCUUCCUCUUCCUCUUCUGCUCGUUCUUCUUUCCAUCAGCGAGCUCGAUGGCCAUCCAAUUGAGAGCUUCUUCUUCUUUCUCCUCUGCUUUUUCUACCCGUUCAUACACACACGAUGUGUUUCUGAGUUUCAGAGGCGAGGAUACUCGCUCCGCUUUCACAGGUCAUUUGUACUGGAAUUUGCUUCAGAAGGGAAUCAACACCUUCAUAGAUGAUGAGCUUACAAGAGGAGAGAAAAUAUCACAAGCACUUCUCCGAGCCAUUGAAGAAUCAAAGCUCUCUCUCAUUAUCUUCUCUGAAAACUAUGCAUUCUCCAAGUGGUGUUUGGAUGAAUUGGUUCAUAUCCUUGGAUGUAGAAGAUCAAAGAACCAAAUGGUUCGGCCAAUCUUUUACAAAGUGGAUCCCUCGGACGUAAGAAACCAACGAGGUACAUUUGGUGAGGCACUUGCACAGCAUGAACGCAGGUUCCAAGAUGACAUGGACUUGGACGAGGUGUCAAGAUGGAGAGAAGCUCUUUCAGAAGCAGCAAAUUUAUCCGGGUGGCAUUUCUCGGGCACCGGAUAUGAAUACGAAUUUAUUGAUAAAAUUGUUGAAGAGAUUUCUGCACAAGUAAAAGAACCUACCUAUUUGGAUAUGCCAAAGUACCGAGUUGGGCUAGACUCUCGGGUAGAACGUAUACUUGAAAUGUUGGAUGUUGGCGGAAGUGAUGUACGCAUGGUAGGAAUAUGGGGAAUUGGCGGAAUAGGGAAAACAACAAUUGCCAAAGCUGUUUACAAUACAAUUGCCCAUAAGUUUGAUGGUAGCUGCUUUUUGGCAAAUGUUAGAGAAGGCUCAGAGCAACAUGGAGGUUUAGUCAACCUACAAAAUAUUCUUCUCUCUAGCAUUGUGGGGCAGAAAGAAUUGAAAAUAAACAACAUUCAUGAAGGAAUCACUUUGUUGCGUGAGAAGUUGAGACAUAAAAGGGUUCUCUUAGUUGUCGACGAUGUGGAUGAUUUGGACCAGUUAGAGAAAUUAGCUGGGAGAACUGAUUGGUUUGGUCACGGCAGCGGAGUUAUCAUAACAACAAGAGAUAAGCAUUUGUUGAUUGCUCAUCAAGUGAAACCAAUAUACAAGGUUCAUGAACUAGGUCAUCAUGAAGCUCUUGAGCUCUUCAAUUCAAAUGCCUUCAAGGAUAAUAAGAAUUUGGAUGAUAAUGAGAAACUGUUAGUUACUACUGUUGUUAAAUAUGCUCAAGGCAUUCCACUUGCACUGGAAGUUUUAGGUUCAUAUCUAUGUGAUACCUCUAUACAUAAAUGGCAAGCUAUGUUAGAUGGUUUUAAAAAAAAUCCUCCUAGGCGCAUUCAAGAUAUUUUCAUAAUCAGUUAUGAUGGACUGCAAGAUACAGUGCAAAAAGUUUUCCUUGACAUUGCAUGUUUUUUCAAAGGUUGGAAGAGAAAUGAAAUGAUGCAAAUACUUGAAGGUUGUGACCGCAUCAACCCCGAGUAUAGUAUUAAAGUUCUCGAAGAAAAGGCUCUCAUAUAUGUUGGUGGAGAUGGUCAGAUUUGCAUGCAUGAUUUGCUAGAAGGGAUGGGAAAAGAUAAAGAUUUGCAAGAGUCUACAGAGCCCGGUGAGCGAAGUAGAUUGUGGCGUCACGAGGAUGUGCAAGAGGUUCUAAUAGAAAACACGGGAACAAGUAAAACUGAAGGUAUAAUGAUAAAAAUGACUACAGCAGAUGAGAUACGCUUGAAUCCUAAAUGCUUCAAAAAGAUGAGAAAUCUUAAAAUUUUCAUAAACAUCAAUGGACGGUUUUGUGGAAAGGUUGAUUGUUAUCCGAAUCAAUUGCGGUUACUUGAAUGGCGUGACUAUCCGCUAGAAUCUUUGCCCUUCGAUUUUAAUAUGAAGAAUCUAAUUCAACUUAAUAUGCCUCGUAGCCGCAUCUCAUGUUUCAAGGGUAUGCAAAAUCUGAAAUCCUUAAAUUUGAGUGAAUGUAAAUUCGUAGCACAAAGCCCAGACUUGUCUGGAAGCCCAAAGUUAGAGUUCCUGGAUCUAAGUAGGUGUGAAAGGUUAAAGGAGGUUCACUCUUCGGUUGGAUCCCUCGAAAAGCUUGUUCACCUGAAUCUAGGGGGUUGCUUUGAGCUUGAGAGGCUACCUGAAAAAGUCAACUGGAGAUCCCUGAAAGACAUUAUUCUUGAUCAAUGCUUUAGGCUGGAGAGUUUCCCUGAAAUUGUGGGAGAGAUGAAAUACAUGACAUCCUUGAGUCUACUCCAAACUGGCAUCAAAGCAUUGCCUUCCUCCAUUGGAUAUCUAAUUAACCUUCAAUCGUUGAGGUUACUUAGUUGUCGAAGCCUCACAGAUCUACCUUGCAGCAUUUAUGAAUUGCAGAAGUUAACGUGGGUUUUAUUCUUCGAUUGCCCAAAACUCGUAAGAUUCCCAAAUAAGGUGGACUCUGAAGUGCUUCCAACUUACUCAAAGGUUUCACAUGACAACCGUGACUCUUUAUCGAAAAGAAAGAUACUGAAUUCAUUGGAGCUAGAGCCAGACACUGAAUUCGAUUUGGCUCGUCCUUUGCUAGCUCAAUUCUAUUUUACGAGAUGCAAUUUAUCUAAUAUUGAUUUCCUCGCGUCCCUUGAUUGUGCAUCCAGUUUAGUUAUACUUGAUUUAACAGGAAGCCCCAUUGUUAUUCUUCCCGAAUGCAUCAUCAACAAGUUUGUCAAGUUGUGGCAUCUCUUUUUGAGCGGCUGCAGGAGGCUCGUAGCAGUUCCAGAGCUUCCACCAAGUAUUAGCCGGUUGGAUGUGAGGGAUUGCGUAUCAUUGGAAAGAAUUUCAAAGUUGUCAAACAUUUUGGAGCGUAAAGAAUCACAAAUAAUGAUUGAGGAGAUGGACUUGACUAAUUGCUGGAGACUCUGUCAAAAUUUGGUUGAGAUGGCAAAUAAGGAUGAUGAUGAUGAGGUGGACGCUGAUCUCUUCUCUCGACUCCUGUCAAAAUUCACAAUUAGAUUUCCAGUUCCAAGAAGCGAGGUUCCAGAGUGGUUCAGCUGUCAAAUGGAUUUCAAGGGGCAUCGACGGUUUGAAUUUUAUAUUGAAACACUUGCAAAUUUCAAAUGGGACAACACAGGAUUGGCUGUCUGUGUUGCUGUUGAUCAAAAGCCGCAGGUUCAUGAGUUUUCUAAUGUUUGCUGUUUUGAUGUCCGUAUUUACAUCAAUGAAGAAGGGUUAUGGGAACCAAAUUGCGUCGAUGUACAGGUUGAUUCAAGAGAGUCAGAUCAUGUGUGGCUGCACUAUGUUCCCUUCCUUGAUGUGCGAGUUGGUUUUGGGCGUCCGUUGCCUAUAACCGGGCGUCCGUUGCCCCCUUUUAAGUGUCGAGUCAGUAUUGACCAAUGGAAGAACACUAAUGCCUCCUUAAAAAGCUGUGGGGUCCACCUUGUAAUGCCACCCAAUGAAGACGUUUCAAUGAAGCUAAUCCGUGCAGAGAACCUCACCAGUAAACUUUCUGGUGAUGAACUUGGAAAGAUGCAAAGACUCAUUGGAGGAAGUUUGAUUAGGGAAUGCCCUGAGGAAUCUAAGGAAGCUGUUGCAUCAUUAAUGGUUACUGCAGCUAGAUUUUCUGAUUUACCAGAGUUUUGUGACAUUAGGCCACUAUUUCAACUUUUCAAAUUGGUUGUAGUGGAUUUUUACUCACCUGGUUGUGGAGAUUGUAGAGCUCUCCAUCCCAAGAUAAAACAAGAGCUAGGAGGACAAGUUCGUAUAAUGUUGUCUGGUGCUGCAUCUUUGCCCAGGCAUGUGGAGGAAUUUAUCAGAAGGAUAUGCUGUGGUGGGUGUUUUACGUCCCUUGGCAAUGCUUAUCCUAUGAUUGGAACUGUUGGUGCCCCCAUGACUACUAUUGAAGCGCAGCUUGAGUCGGUCCCAGAACUGGGAUAUGAUGCACUUUCUAGUGAUAUAGGAGAAUGGCAGCCUAAUGGAGCAAUGAAAGUUAUAGACAGGAAAAAGGAAGUACUUAAACUGUCUCAAGGUGAAUAUGUUGCUGUGGAAAGCAUUGAAAGCAAAUACUUGCAAUGCCCCCUUGUCACAUCGUUACAGAUGAUAUCUUUACAUCUUAACUUUCAUCUGGUCGGCAGAUAUGGGUUUAUGGGAACCGCUUUGAGUCAUUUCUUGUUGCUGCAUGUGGUUGUUCCUGGCAGAAAGGUUUCUGCCUUGGAGGACUGGGCAGCAGAGCAUCAUUUGACUGAUGAUUACAAAUCAUUGUGUCAAAACCUUAAAGCAAGAAAUUACAUUUUGGAUGAGCUUAUUAUUACGGGUCAGAAACAGCCACUUCGAGGGUUUGAGUUGUUAAAAGCAGCUUCAAAAUUUGGUUCAGAUGGCAAAGAAGGAAGAUGA